CAAUAUAUAAUGAAGAUGAUAGAAUAGGAUAGGAUAGAACAGGUUCAGGUAAAACACUAGCAUAUUGUGUUCCAAUAUUAGAAAGAAUACGAGAAUUAGGAUGUAUUAGUAUUAUUACCAACAAGAGAAUUAACAAUGCAAGUAACAAUGGAACUUAAUUCAAUAUUACAUAAAGAGAAUGAAUACAGAAUAUAUAGUAUAUAUGGUGGAACAGAUUUAGGAAAUUAAAUAGAUUAAGUAAGAUAAGGAUGUGAGAUAGUGGUAGGUACUCCUGGAAGAAUAUAAGAUUUGUUAUAAGUAGUAGUAUUAGAUGAAGCAGAUUAAAUGUUAAAUUAUGGAUUCUAGGAAAAUAUAGAAAGAUUAUGCCAUAUUUUAAUGAAAGAAAAAUAUAAAUGUUAUUAUUCAGUGCAACAAUACCUGAUUGGGUGAA